AAGUGGGCAUACCUCAUUCGCAUCUACCACUGAUUUUCUAGUCAACCAUCCUUCUAGCCACUUAUUCAUAGAAAUAAAUAAUUUAACAAACUCCAGAAUGUCGAAGCCCCAGGUCCUUAUUGCCGCCAACCCCAAGACAGGCAUUGUCUGGUCGAAGGAGGAGCAGAGUUCUAAACUCGGUGCGGUAGCCGAAGUUCUUGAACUCGCCUCCGCAUCCCGCUCUGAAUUCUUUCAAGACCUCGCUCCUAACGGAAAGUACGCCAAUAUCGUUGCCAUCUAUCGUCACAACGACUCUGUCUCCGCCAUCGGUCUGUUCGAUGAAGAAUUAAUCAACAAAUUGCCUGCCAGUGUCAAGUACAUCUGUCACAAUGGAGCAGGAUAUGACCAGAUCGACGUUGCUGCGUGUACCGCUCGUGGUAUCCAAGUAUCUCACACCCCUCAAGCCGUGGACGAUGCUACUGCCACAGUGGGCGCUUUCCUUGCCAUCUCUGCCAUGCGUCAAUUCUGGCGAGCCGAGGUCAAUGUUCGAUCAGGCAAAUGGAAGGCCGGUCUCUCUCCUGCUCGUGAUCCGGAAGGAAAGACUUUGGGUAUCAUCGGCAUGGGCGGCAUAGGAUCCGCGCUUGCCAGAAGGCUACUCGCGUUUGAUAUGAAGGUGAUUUAUUAUAAUCGUCGACCAAUCCAGCCCCCUCCCAACUUCCCUUGCACAUACGUAUCCUCGAUCGAGGAGUUGCUUAAGCAAGCCGACGUUGUAUCCCUCAACCUGCCUUUGAAUGAGAAGACUAAGGGCAGCUUUGGCAGACAGGAGUUUGGUUUGAUGAAGGAUGGAAGUGUACUUAUCAAUACCGCCCGAGGAGCAGUAAUUGACGAAGAGGCGUUCAUUGAGGCUUUAGAAAGCGGAAAACUUUACAGUGCGGGCAUUGACGUCUACCCUGAUGAGCCCAAUGUGAACCCCAAGCUUCUCGCCAUGGACAACAUCACCCUCCUUCCUCACAUGGGUACUGAGACACGUGACUCACAAAAGAAGAUGGAGCUUCUUGUGCUUGAUAACAUGAUUUCUGCACUCGCAGGAAAAGGUUUGCUGAACCAAGUCCCUGAGCAGAAGUAGGCUUCAAUGGUCCUGGAAGUUGGGACAGACAAGUAGAUAGAGAUUGGCGGCAACGUCAGUUACGAGGUAGUCACAGAUUGCUUUUACAGUUUGCACUGGGACUAAAUAUGGAAGUUACUUGGUUGAUAGCUUGCUGCCGGGUAUCUUUAGUUAUGAACAUCUUGCCAUUUGUAUCUAGUCGGGAAAUAGAGAAUCAUGAACAGCCUGAGCCUGUAUAGCAAGAGGAGGAUGGGCUUCUAAUCGACCCUUAAUAUGACGAUUCAUAUUUAGAACAUCGACGAUAUAGCCUUCAGCACGGUAAAAAGGGG